UGUUCAGUUGAUCUCAGGACGUCGAACAAGUAAGAUGUCGAUCGGAAGUAAUCUUUCAAUAAAUUAGUGCCUCGUAGCCUUAAGCAUUGAGUAUCAGCAACGCGCAUUAACAAAGGAGUACAGACCUUUAAUAAGUGAACGAAAUAAUCAAAACAGCGUAAUGCUACGAAUUGCCUUCAUUGCAUUUGUGAUAAUCACUCUUGCGUAUCACGGUGAAUCGCUUAGUGUUAAUAAUCUGUAUCACAAUAAUAAUAACGAAGAAAGUGGAAUACUGCCGUUCGGUGAUGAUAAUUAUGAAUUUGUGAAAUUGGGAACUCCGAUACAUUUCUACAUUGAAACUUAUGACCAUUUAUAUGUUAACACCAACGGGAUCAUAACAUUCGGCGUAGAAUUUCCACAUUUCGUAAAUCUUCCAUUUCCACUAGAAUACCCAGCUAUAGCUCCAUUCUACUCAAACAUUGAUACAACAGACGCAAAUGUAACGUCAUCAAUUUCAUAUUUUAAAUCUUACGAUCCCGAAAUUCUGAACAAAGCAACGAAUUACGUAAAGCUUGCAUUCGAUGAAGCUUACGAUUUUCAAGCAACGUCAGUCUUUGUUGCUACCUGGGCUAAUGUUGGUCACUACCAAGCUAAGAACGAUGUCGGAAACACAUUUCAAGUGGCAAUUAUUAGCGAUGAAAUCGAAAGUUAUGCACAGUAUCUGUAUCCAACGAGUGGUUUGAAUUGGAUUCAAGGAGAUAUUGGCGAAUCUGGUCUACCAGACGUUCGUGCACAAGCUGGUUUCGUGUCCGAAGACGGUAGAUUCUAUUCACUGAAAGGAUCAGGCACCGACAAAGCAAACUAUUUGAGCGAAUUGACUAAUUGUGGUGAUCCCGGUUCAUGGUUGUUUAGAAUCGGACCGUUAGGGGUCGAACCUACUAGUAAUGUCCAGGAACCGGAUUACGGUUCCAUAAAUGAGCCAGAAGUGGGUGUACCUACAUGCGCGUCACUCGGAAGGUUAAAGUGUCAUUCAUCGGCAACAUGUGUUGAUACGAGUAAAGGAUUUUGCUGUAAAUGUAAUAACGGAUUUUAUGGGAAUGGUUAUAGUUGCUUGAAAGAUGAUGUACCUGUCCGAGUGUCGGGAAAGGUUGUUGGAAAGUUAAACGACAUUUCCAUAUCGUCUCAGCUUCAGUCUUACGUUGUAAUGGCCGAUGGACGGUCGUACACAGCGUUAAGUCCACUCACUCCAAACAUUGGCUACAAUAUGCAACUGUUGCAAGUCCUUGGGGGAACGAUUGGGUGGCUUUUCGCGAAACUAAAUGGUGACGUCAAGAACGGCUAUCAGAUUACUGGCGGUAAAUUCAAUCACACAACAACGAUUCGUUUCGACGGCACAAACCAUCACUGUUUUAUAACUCAAAGAUUCGUCGGAUUGAAUGCGUGGGAUCAACUUUCCGUUGACAUUGAAAUAUCGGGAACUAUUCCCGAAAUUCCGAACAAUGUUCCCGUGCAAAUUAACGACAUCACCGAAGAAUACAACUACAAUACAGAAACGAGUGUACGAUCGAUCGGAACACGUCGUGUAUCAGUCAAUGAUCAAGAUUACGUUCUGAACGUUGAUCAGGAGAUUGAUUUCGAGAAGUGCGAAAUGUCUGAAGAGGAAAGUUACACGAAUCAGCCGCCAUUUUAUAACAGAGUCUCUAAGAUAAGUUCCAGUUAUCAGAGUCGUGAGAGUGCGCUACGAAUUGGCAUGCUGAAUAAAAUUGUCGCCAACUUGGAAGCGAAUCCAUGUACUGAUGGUACAGCACAGUGCGGUCAAAAUACCAUUUGCGUCGUUGAUGGGGAAGAUAGCUAUGAAUGUAACUGCAAAAAUGGUUUCACUUUAACACCGUACGCAAGUUAUGAUGGAAUCCAGAACUGUGUCGAUAUUGACGAGUGCAGUUCCAUAAACAUUUGUGACGCAAAUGCCGAUUGUUUCAACGAUCCGGGUGGAUACAGUUGCAGAUGUCGUGACGGAUUUACAGGAAAUGGUUAUGCAUGCCAACCAGUCGCAUCAAAUUUACAUUCAUCGGAAUCUACUGUUCAGCCGGACCCGACUCUAACAACGCCAGAACAUUAUCAGUGUGAUCAAUGCUCAGAUCGUGCUAAUUGCUUGAACGGAGUAUGCGUUUGUGCCGAAGGAUAUACCGGCGAUGGUAUUGUUUGUACAUAUAAUUGUCCAAACGAAUAUGUAUGGAAUGGCGAUACGUGUCUACCAGCUGUAUCCGAUGAAGAUGAGGCUGAAGUAGCUCCAUUUUGCGAAAUCACCGGCUGUACGUGUCCGACGGGAUAUGAAUUGAUUGAAUAUGCUGUUGGACAAACAUGCCGUGCCUUGCCUGCCGAAGACCCGGAAAAUGAUAGAGAAUCAGAAGGGCUACCGUGCGACAUUGAAAACAACUGCAGUCCCUACGCACAAUGUGAAUGGGUCGAAAGCGAGCUAAGAAACAAAUGUGUUUGCAAUCCACAGUAUGAGGGCAAUGGUUACGUCUGCACCGAAGUGGAAGUGUCCUGCAUUUACGAAAACAUCUGUCACGCCCGAGCAUCGUGCAGCUAUGACGAAAAAUUAGGAAAAUCAAUUUGCAGAUGUGAAGCUGGUUGGGAAGGUGAUGGUCGUCAUUGCAGUCCCGCACCGGAGUGUCGCAGCGACGAGCAGUGUGGAAAUAAUGCGGUUUGUGAGUAUGGCGUUUGUGUAUGCCAGCAAGGAUUCGAAAGAGACAUUUCCAAUUUCUGUGUCCCCGGAUCGUGCGGUGGAGCUAUAUGCGCUGAGAAUGCUGAAUGUCAAUUGGAUCCAUUGGAGCAAAUUUCUUACUGCAGCUGCCCGUCAGGCUAUGAAGGUGAUGGUAUCGUAUCCUGUAAAGAGAUUACGCCACCUUGUAAUAUCCGAAAUAAUUGUGGAUAUUACGCGUCGUGUGCACCGAACUACAGGAAUACUUCAAUUUAUGAAUGUGUUUGCGAUGUCGGAUAUACCGGGGACGGUUUCACUUGUGAAUUGGAAAUUAAUUGCCAAAAUCAACCGAGUCUAUGCAGUGAAAAUGCUCAAUGCGUGCCAACGUCCGCUGGACUGCAAUGCGUUUGUCAAGUUGGUUUUAUUGGAAACGGGUCUGUCUGCUCGAAACCGCCCAGCCUAGAAUCGGGAUUCUUGUUACUCAGCCAAGGUGUUGCAACAGUGCGGAUACCGUUUGAUGGUAAACGAGGACAACCGGUCUCUAUGUCAAAUAUGGCAAUUGGUGUAGACAAAGAUUGCUCGCAGGGAAGGGUUUAUUGGAGCGACAUAUCGAAUAAACAGAUUGUGAGCGUUAAGUAUGACGGAACUGAUCGUCAGAUUUUCAUAAAAGAUGAUAUUCUCUCACCAGAAGGUAUUGCAGUGGAUUGGAUCAAUCGUCGGCUGUAUUGGACAGAUUCGACCAAAGACACCAUCGAAGUAGCCAGUCUAGAUGAUCCAAAAUUGAGAACGGUUGUUGUGCGUAAACAUUUGGUAAAUCCGCGAGGCUUGGCCGUCGAUCCUCAACAAAACAAAUUGUACUGGUCGGACUGGAAUCGAGAUGGGCCGAAAAUUGAAUGGUCCAAUUUGGACGGUACUGAACGAGAAAUUCUGUUAACCGAUCCCGAUGUCAAAUUGCCGAAUUCAUUGGCCAUAUCACAAUCAACUGGCGAAUUGUGCUUUGCUGAUGCUGGCACAAAGAAAGUUGAGUGCAUCGAUACUUAUUCGCCCCGUGCUGUUCGCACAAUCGCUGCUAAUUUGUCUUACCCGUUUGGAUUAACCGUAACCGAUGAUCAAUUUUACUGGACCGAUUGGACCACGAAAAAGAUUGAAAGUGUCGACCAUCAAGGCAAUCGAUUAACGCCAAUUUCCAGUCCACUAUUCGGCAAUCAUAAAAUGUAUGGCAUUACAGCAGUUGUGGAAAAGUGUCCAUUGUUUUAUAGUCCCUGCCAAGUAAACAAUGGCGACUGUAAAAGUGAUCGUAUCUGUUUGGUGAAUACGCGCUCACCGUCAGGCAAAGCCUGUAAAUGUUUGGACGAAUCGCGUAGUUGUAGCGAAACACCCAGCGACUACUAAACAUUUUUCUAAACCAAAGAAAAUGCGUUUUUAUUUUGUUCGUUUUUUUGUGCAGAAAUUUCAGGAAAAUAAAACUUUAAAUUUAACGG